AAAUUGACAAACCCUUUUCUCAGCAGCGGCGACUAGAGCUAGGGUUUCGCACGAUUUCACACCGUCGGCGCAGUUUGGCAACGAUUUCUCACCGAUGUCUUCACAGAUUAUAGGAGCAGAGGCUCGUAAGCGAAGGCGUGGUAAAGGCAGUGGCGGGGGAGGGCGUAGUAAAGGCAGUGGCGAGGGAGCGAGGGGGGCACGUAAAAUCAUCAAAGAGAGUAAUAAAAAGGAUGACAAGGGGGCAGAUAAUUUGAGUGAUGGAGAAAGUUUCAUGGAAGCUUUCAAGAUGGGCGGGACUAGCAAAAAAAUAACAUUCGAGAGGAAGAAACGCGAUUGUAACCAAGGUGAAUAUGGAAGCCAACCACCCUUUAAUGCAAGGCCAAUCUUGUAUUUUAAUGAGAUGAGAACAGGCUUAAUUGGCUUUGAAAAGAAGAACACUUUGGGCUAUAUUGUCAGAGAACUAUGGAAUGAGCGGACGGUUAACAGCAGGGGAGCCGAGCGUGAAAGUUUUUAUGAUGAUGUUAUCAAAGAGUUUAAACUUUAUUACAAGUAUCAGGAUGGUUGUACAGUCGAGGAGGGGGACAGAAUUGUGAGAAUGCAUUUGCAGAGGAAUUUCAAGUCGAUUCUUAACAAGAUAAAGAGCCGACUUGAGGAUGACGUUGAUGAUCUUAGGAUAGCUGGGUACACUGACGAAGAAAUCCCGUGGGGGAAUUUUAAGCCUCAUUACUUUACUUCCGAGGUAUGGGAAUCCGUUCUCAAAUAUUGGAGUUUGCCCGAUACAAAGAAAAGGUCAGAAAAUGGGAAGGCAGCACGCAAGAUGUUACAAUGUUACUCGCUCACCGGGGCGUUGUCUUAUGAUGAGAGACGGGAGAAACUUGAUAAGGAAAGAGAGGCGAGAGGGGAACCGCGGCUUACAGAUCUUGAGUUCAUAGAUUAUGUGUACAAUCCUGAAGAACCGGCAGUGAAAACCCUAAAGGAGAAGAUAAAGCAAGCGAAGUCUUCUCAGCCUGCUUUGCCUGAAGAUGCCACUUUGACUGCUGGUUUGUCUGCUGCUGACGCCGAUAAAAAGAUAAAAAAACUGAAGCAGAGGCAAGAUAUAUUGGCGACACUAAAGGCCAAACCUCCGAGAAAAGGGAAAGCAAUUCUUCGCCCGCGACAAAGCUUGUCAGAUCUUCUAGAUAGAUCAGAAGCUUCACAAUUUGCUGAAGGAUCGCGCGAAGCAAGCCAGGACAUUUCAGGUCAUAUCUUUGGGAUGAUGUCCACUAUAUUGUGCGAGGUGGAUGAAAUGGUGCGCUCUCUGCCUACUCGUGAGGUCACGCAGCCUGUAGUGGAUCAGAAACUGAGCAAGUUGGCUGCUGCCACUUUUCCAGACCCAGUCCAGGAGUUAUUCCGGACUGAUUAUGUGCGUGCAGCGAAGGGAUUACUUAGUCAAAUCCUCAAGAACAAUGACAAAGUCAUUGUAGAGGUCAGUCAGCAGCAGCAGUUAGAGGGGAAUGGGAAGGAGCAGCAGCAGCCAGAGGGGAAGCCAGAGGGGAAGGGGAAGGAGGCUGCUAGCACAGAGGAAAAUCCGUAUGAUGAUGACUAUGAUGCAAAUGCGUUUUUAUACCCUCUGUUAGAAUAGCAGCAGUACUGGUGGUAAUUUGGAAUUUCAUACUUUUGGUUGAUGGUUUAGUAAGCCAGUGAAUAUUCAAACUUUUGGUGGAUGGAUGAAUUUCUAACUUUUGGUGGAUGGUUUAAAUAUUUAAGUAUAUUAUCUUAGUUAAGUUGAAUAGUUUGGUAUUUUUUUGUUGGCAAUUUGGCUUUAAAUAUUUAAGUUUUUUUAUUGUUA